GGUGCUGGAAAGUAAACAGUACCCUUUUCCUCGGCCUUUCUUUGCAGAAACGAGAUCCACCAGGCAUUCCAAGGUACAGGAGGAGCAGCAUGGCUUUGUCCGUCGUCUCUGAGAGCUCAGAAGAAAAAAGCGUACCAGCAGGCAGGAAGCCAGGGGGUGGAACGCGGAAGCCAGCUGCUGCCUCGCUUCUUUGAACGGCAACGGGGAGAUGAGUGCCGAGGAAAGCCAGAGGGAGCCACCUGCUUGCUGGAUUUCUAGGCAUCGAAGGAAUUUGUUCUUUGACCGAGAAGGGAUGGGGGGAGGGCGAGAGAAUGAGAGAUAAGAGAGAGCGCUUUCGUAGAACUUCUGUUUUUCACUCCAUUGUCGAGCCAGCUUCUUAUAUUGGAGCAUCUUGAAGACAGCGAAGGCCCAAGAAGGCUUCCUUUCUUGCGUGGGCUUUGUUUCUGAAGCUUUUUCAGCCACUUUCGCAUGGGGCGCCUUUUGCUUUGCUGGACGGUCCGGCGAGUCAGCGAACGAGCGCGCUCCAGUGGGGAGCUGAGGCUGAAAGGCAGACGACUUAGCUUCAGACUCUUGUGUAUUCAAGAGUAAACACUUUAAGAAAGCCAACUCUUGUAAUACCUGCAAUCAAAUUAGCAAUUCCAAUGGUAUUUCAUGCAGAGGGUUCCAGCAGUUUUUUAAGAAAUUCAUUUCUCUGUUGUGACAAAAUAUUUGAAAGUACAGAUUUUGACCUUAUUAUGGAGGAAAGUUAUGAACUGGACCUGACUUAUGUUACUGAAAGAAUCAUUGCGGUAUCGUUCCCAGGAAGCUGCUCAGAGGAAAUUUAUCUAAACAACUUCCAAGAUGUAAUUGGCAUGCUUAAAUCCAGACAUGGUGGCAACUACAUGGUGCUGAACCUCUCUGAAAGAAGAUACGACUUUGCUAAGCUUGACCCAAAGAUUAUGGAAGUGGGCUGGCCUGACCUCCAUGCCCCAACCCUUAAUAAGAUAUGCAACAUCUGCAAGGCUAUGGAAUCCUGGUUGAACAGUCAUUCUCAACACAUCGUGGUGAUCCAUUGCCGAGGUGGAAAAGGAAGAAUAGGUUUGGUGAUCUCAUCAUACAUGCACUUCACAAAUGUAUCUGCAAGUGCAGAUCAAGCCCUGGACAGAUUUGCAAUGAAGAAAUUCUUUGAUGAUAAUCUUUCUGCUUUAAUGCAACCAUCCCAGAAAAGAUAUGUGCAGUUUUUGAAUGAUCUUCUCUCUGGAUUGGUAAAAAUGAAUACAAACCCUCUAUUCUUACAUUAUGUUAUUCUGCAUGGAAUCCCAAACUUUGGUAUUAGUGGAGGUUGUCAACCAUUUCUGAAGUUGUAUGAGGACAUGUUGCCAGUUUAUACAUCAGGAGUAUAUAGCAUAGGGCUAGAGAAUCAGAAUAGAGCCUGCAUUGCAAUUGAACCAGCCCAGCUGUUGAAAGGAGAUAUAAUGCUCAAGUGUUGCCGUAAAGAGUACCAGUAUGGCAUUCGGAGUAACAUUUUCCGACUGCAGUUUCACACAGGUGCUGUUCAAGGAUAUGGCCUAAUAUUUAACAAAGAAGAAUUGGAUGAUGCAAACAAAGAUGAUCAUUUUCCUGAAAAUGGAAGAGUUGAAUUGGUGUUUUCGAGUUCCCCAGAAAAAAAUCCAGUGCUGCACUCCCAUGGUCCCGUUGAUGGUAGCCUUUAUGCUAAGGUGAGGAAAAAAAGCUCCUCUGAUACCAGCAUUCCAAGCAGAAUCAAAGGUGCCGCAAGUAAUAACUCUGAUCAUAGUGAUCAUACCCUAUCUGUGAGCAGUGAUUCAGGACAUUCUACAGCUUCUGUACGGACAGAAAAUACUGAGGAACAUCCUCCCGGAGUAAAACAAAUCUUGAGUCCCCGGGAAAAGGAAGAACUCGAUCAAUUGCUUAGUGGCUUUGGCCUAGACAACUCGAUCAUUCUGCUCAUGGAUAUGACUGAUGCCCAAAGCAAAUAUAGUGGAACUCGUCAUAUAGUGCCAGCCCAAAUUCAUGUGAAUGGAGAUGUCAAACACAAGGAAAGAGAGACAGAUAUUCUAGAUGACGAGAUGCCCACUUAUGAUCUUCACAGUGUGGAUAGUAUUGGAACAUUGUCUUCCUCUGAAGGUCAGCAGUCUAACCACCUUGGAAAUUUGAGCUGCCAUAAAAGUUGUCAGAAUUCCCUCCUGUCAGAUGGCUUUGGAAGUAAUAUUGGAGAGGAACAUCAUAACACUCUGGCUGCAGAUCUGGGAAUUAAUGUUGACUCUGUGUAUGAAAGGCCCUUUGGAAGGACUGAUACAAAAAGCUGUCAGGAGCUGACAAAGAAUCCUCCAGUUUCCACCCACCCAUCCUAUAGCGCCAGUAGCUAUUCAACUCAGACAUGGGUGCGCCAACAGCAAAUGGUAAUUGCUAAUCAGUAUAUCAGUUCUCCAGAGAAUGAAGUUGGAUUUGGUAUUCAUAACAUAGUUGCAAAUGUGGAAAACCUGGAAAAUCAAGCCAGAGUUCCAAAUAUGCUUCUCCAAAGUUCCAGCCGUAGGAGUGAGGUCCAAAGGAGGCUUGGGAAUAUACCAUCUUCUAGUAAUGUGGUUGAAACAUCUAAACCAGAGGUUUCUAAAUUAAGAUUUCUCUCUGAAAAAAGUGCAAAUAAUAAUGAGUUGAAACAGAAUACAAGAAGCAUUGCUGGAGUUUUGCCAUCUUCACCAACUUUGGAUAUUGAUCAGUCAAUUGAACAGCUAAACAGACUAAUUUUGGACUUGGACCCAACAUUUGAGCCUAUUCCUACUCGCAUUGAUGCUGUCAACACAGAUUCAGAUCAGCUGAAUGGCUUUGUCAGCCCUCAAAGAGAUGAAGAAAGGCUUGGGAGGGGCUCUAGGUUCCAUGUGAAAACUGAGGUCACUACCAAAAACUCAUCCCAGCAGGGUUUUCAAGAUGAUGGCAUAUUAAAUGGAAAAAACAAGAAGUUAAAUCCUGAAUUUUAUGACAAUGAUAUCUCAACACAGUCAAUAUGCAGAAAGUAUAUAUGGACAAAAUCUGAUGUCCCUGACCAUUCUUUAGGACAGGACAUUUUUGCGUCUGCAAUAAAAACCAAACAGAUGGGUGUUGUAAGUUACCUGGAAAACCCAAAUGAAGGAGAUGGAAGCAUUUUCUCACCCAGCAAGAACGCAACAAUUCCACUUACUCCAGCAUUUCCUGUAUCACCAGAGACUCCCUAUGAACCCCGAGGUUACGUAGAAGACCUUAAUCACUCCACUGUGAUAUCUGACAGUUCAAGAACUCCAAAUCCAUCCUUAUUGCAGGCUGCCAUAGAAUCCGUUCCUUCCCAUCACCAGCCUUUUGCAGCUACAUGUUCAGUUUCAAAUGAUACUACUGUUCCAAGAAAAGAGAGUUCAACAGAUGAACAUAUUUGGCAUCCAAACAAUUCUCAGCCUUCCUUGAUGCCCCAGUUUCCAGAAAUGAGUAACAUCAAUGUAGGAAGUUACCUCAUGUCUCCAGAUCUUUCUGCUCCUGAGCAAAAUGAUUUAUACUUCCAGACAAAAGGACUUCAGCCUGGGACAUUUAACAAUCUAGCAAAUAUAACAGCUGUGCCACAACAGGACCUUACAACUUGUGAUAGCAUCCAAACUUUUCAGAAUUAUGAUGGGACUGUUGCUAACAGUAACCAGUUAGUGGAAGAAAAAAACCUUUCUUUUAUGUCAAAUGCUGAUGGGUCUCCCAAAGUAAUGAAAUCUAUGGUGGACAGUAGUUUUUUGCCACAUACCUGCCUUGUAUCAACUUCUGGAUAUACUAAUCAGCAAAUCCAGGGAUUGCAAAUGUAUCCACAAACCCCUCUUCCUGAGAAGAAAAGGAUUUCUGAGGCAGAACGUUCUUUUGGUUCUGCCUCACCUUCUCCAAGCGGUUUUUCCAGCCCACAUAGUGGAAGCACUAUCAGCAUUCCAUUUCCAAAUGUUCUUCCAGAUUUCUCUAAAGUUGGAAACGCACUACCAGUGUUAGAAAGUAUGGGUGAUAAACAUGUAACUGUAAACUUUGUUCAAGAUACUUCCAAAUUUUGGUAUAAACCAGAGAUUUCCAGAGAACAAGCUAUUGCUGUCCUGAAGGACAAGGAAGCUGGAUCAUUCAUUGUUCGUGACAGUCAUUCCUUCAGAGGUGCCUAUGGUUUGGCCAUGAAGGUUGCUAUACCUCCUCCUUCAAUAUUACAGUUAAACAAAAAAGUUGGAGAUAUUUCCAAUGAACUUGUGAGACAUUUUCUGGUUGAGUGUACCUACAAAGGAGUAAGAUUGAAAGGAUGUCCCAAUGAGCCAUAUUUUGGAAGUUUGACAGCUUUGGUGUAUCAACAUUCCAUUACCCCUCUGGCAUUGCCUUGCAAGCUACUCAUCCCAGACCAAGACCCUCUGGAAGAGAUUUCUGAAACCUCCACACAAACGGCUUCAAAUUCAGCUGCAGAGCUUCUGAAACAAGGAGCAGCCUGCAACGUUUGCUACUUGAAUUCUAUUGAGAUGGAAUCUCUAACAGGUCAUCAAGCUGUGCAGAAGGCUUUGACCUUAACUUUAACUCAAGAGCCUUCUCCCACCUCUACUGUAGUGCAUUUCAAAGUGUCUGCACAAGGUAUCACAUUGACAGACAAUCAGAGAAAGCUUUUUUUCAGAAGGCAUUAUCCAGUCAGUAGUGUUAUUUUUUGUGCUUUGGAUCCACAAGACAGAAAAUGGAUUAAAGAUGGUCUGUCAGCAAAAGUAUUUGGCUUUGUUGCAAGGAAACAAGGUAGUGCAACUGAUAAUGUUUGCCACCUGUUUGCAGAACAUGAUCCAGAACAGCCUGCCAGUGCCAUUGUAAACUUUGUAUCAAAGGUCAUGAUCGGUUCCCUGAAGAACUAAAGGCCUCCUGUUUUACUGAUCUGUUGAACUUGCAAGCAGAAACCAUAUAUUCAGAUGAAAGCUGUGUGGCCCUCAGCAGUUCUUCCAGUGGACAAUCUACCUAUAAAAUAAGAUAAAGAGUGCAUUUUAUAUUUCAGUAACAUCACAUGACCGUUUAAAUUUAUGACAUCAAACUAGGAUUAAGCAAAUAAGGGAAUAGGAAUCUGGCAAGGUCCUGAAUACCCAUUUCUGAACAAAUGUAUUUUUUUUAAAAAAAAAUCUAAAGCAUUAUAAAGUUGAGAAAAUUGAAAUGAGCUUUUCUGAUUUUUAACUUGUGAUGGGACAGGAUGUGGGAGAGUGGGCAUUCACCUCUUUGGGCAUGUUGUUUUUAUGUGGAAUUUUUGCUGGAAUUUUGUAAAGAUGUGAGAACAGAAAUUUGCAUGAGAAAAAUCUCAAGGAUCUCUCAGUUAUAAUGCAGGAAUAGGAUUAGGGACUGGAAGUGGAAGAUAUAAAGACUUGCAGAUUUAUUAGAUAAAAAAGAGCGUACUGUCUCUCUUCUUAAUUCUCCCUUGCAAAUUCCCAGUUUGGGGCACUUUUAAAAUGUUUUUGUUCCCUUGAGUAGAUUAAGAAGUCACAAGCUACUGUUGUGAGCACAUUUGGAGUGAACAGUGGAAACUAUUAUAUAAAAUUAUUCUUUUCUUUUAUUCAGAGAUCCUUUGUUGCAAGUGGCCACUUUCAGUAAUUCACAUUAUUAUAAUCACAUUACAGUAAUUUCACAUUUAUUUUUGCAUUGAUUUUUGCUUUGGUCCUAACAAAUUCGUAGAUUUCUUCUCUUUCCUAUUAAUAUUAGAGUGAUGGACAUCAAAAUUAUAAUGGAAAAUUGUAUGUAGGAAAUUGAGGCAAGUUUAUUUUGGAUGAUGUAAAAAAAGAGAAAGGUUUGUCUAGUGCAUAUAUUGUAACAAAAAAUGGUACAUUAGUUCGUUGAAUGAUAAAUGGAUAAUUAGGGGGAUGUUUAAAAGAGGAUAAAGUGAUUCAGAAAUUUUAUGAGGAAUUUUAGCAAGAAAAGUGUAAUGCCUUUAAUGAUAGCAUAUAAAAAUGAAGGCUUCAUUACUUUCUGUGGAAUCUUCCAUCUGGACUUGGGAGGGUCUAGUCCAUACAAUAUGCAGAUUUCCUGUGCACAAUGCUAGCAAUUUGAUUGUGCCAUUUAGUGUGUGCUGUUUCUGCUGCACCUUACCCCUGCUAUUAUCUAUUGGCCUAUUUCCGGGGUGUCUGUAAAUAAUCAGAACUUGUUUAGUGUGGGAGACCCCUGCUAAACUACUGCUCUGGUGCUUAGUGCAUGCUAUGAUCCAUGCUUCAGUGCUAUCUUAGUCCAGUCCUUUCCAGCCACUGGUAGAAUUUCUCAAUGUCUGCCACAUCAGUUAUCUGUCCUAUGCCUGGUCUUGCCUUGCUAUAGCAUUUUGUCUGGUUGAUCUUCCUCCCAUGUUUGCCUCAGGCCAUCUGUCAACAGCUCAUUUUGGGAUGCCAUCUUAGUGAUGUACUCCUAGGUGCUCUAGGUUUCAUCCUGGAUAGUUUUGAUAUCGAUCAGACACGUUUUGCCCUCUGGGUGUUGGACUUUGGGUGGAAACCUCCAUACGUUGUAAGGAGCUUCUGGAUCAUCACAUUGGCAGCAGAGUCUGCUUUGGCCAGCUCACGAUGCCAGCAAUAUUACAUAUAUUAUUAGCUUGUGACAAAUUAUUUAUAGUGUAAAACAGAUUUGGGUUUACUGAAUAGAUUUUUUUGUUUCUAUAUACUUAAAGGGGGCCUGUGAAACAAACAUGAUUUUUUAAAAGGGGAGUUACAUAGAAAAUCUGGAAAGGUCUAGCCUGGGAUAUUUCUGCCAGGCCAUUUUACAUUACAUAAAAUUACAUAAAUUACAUUACAUUAAAUUACAUAAAAUCAUUAAGUAAUUUUAUCAAUACACAGAGCAUUUUGUUCAUGCCUGCAGAGAGGAAGCAGUGUUUCAUAUUCUGGCUUUAAGAAUAGCCACACAUCUUUUUAGAGAACAAAGCAUAUUUUUUUAUAUUUCAGGAAACAAUAAAAAACUUCAUAGUUUUAUUCUGAAAAUGAAUUUCUACUAAUAUUUUAAAAGUUUUUAUUUUAAAAAAAAUCUGAAGUAAAUUUUAAAAUGGGGAAAGGAAGGGAGAGAAAUCUUAUUUUGGGUUCACAGUUAUAUUUUGAUAAAUGACAUACUCUGAUUUGACAAUCUAACAUAUAUAUCAUGUGACCAAAUAUUCCAGAACAGAAUAUUGCUAUAUUUGUGUAUGCAUUGUGAUAAUUGUUAUAGUCUACUUAUAGAGCAUAUACUUGUAUAUAACCCAAUGAUACCGAAAGUUAAUAAUUGUGAUCCCAUAUGUGAAUGUGUAUUUGCACAAUUGCUGAUGCUAUGCAUAUUUUCCACUUCUUUGCACCACAGUGAUACAAUCUAGCCAUACAAGCAAGAUGUGUGUGUGUGUGAAAUGAGCAAUUUAAGCAUCAGUAUUUCCAGUGGCUCUAAGGAAACUGAAUGCAAAUAGUGGACAUAAGAUAUCAGAAUUGCAGUUGUAAGAAGGAGACAAGUUUAGUUUAGUUUAGUUUUAUUAAAUUUGUAUACCGCCCUUCUCCCAAAGGACUCAGGGCAGUGAACAGGCACAAGGUAAAAUACAGAAAUACAAAAGUUAAAACAAUUUAAAAACAAAUUAAAUAAUAUUGGCACACGACAAUUAAAAUCCCAGUAAAUUUAAAUUUAUCUUUUCUGUUUUCUCCUCCGCUCCCCUCUCUCAAACACACACACAUACACACACUGUUGAGAAUAGGUGUAGAUAAAUUCUACUUUUUAACCAGUACUUAUUUAACGGGAUAAUGAAGUUUUAUAGAAAAAUUGGGUGCAAUUUCAUAGGCAGCACAUGGUAUUUUUGCAUUAUUUCAUUCCCAAGUAUCAGAUGGGCUUGAAUGAUUUCAGUAACGUAUUCAACCAUUUCCUCAUGAGUUUUCAGUCUUUCUGGCUUCUUAUGUUUCCAUUAAAUUCCAAGGAUUUUUUAGUUGUAGCUAUUGCUGCUUCUAAUCAGGAAUCAUUGCUUCACAGAGAUAGUUGGAGAAUUUCUCCUUCAUUUGGAAAAGUAGUUGUCAUAUAUCCACAAUUUUUAUGGAAAAUGUUUAUGCCCCAUGUUAUUAUAUGUCUCAUGCAGAGAGAUACAUAAGCAUAUGAAUAUUUGUUUAAAGUGCUGAUUAACUGCAAUGACUAAUCAGAUUGCAAUAAAAAUAUGUUUUGGACUCCACAAA